AUGAUGGAUCUCAACACUUUUGGAAACCCUCCCCUCAGUCCUAGUCCUUUGCAGCAGGACCCCAACCUCAUGCUCUCAUCCCAGCCUGCUUAUCCCGUCUCAAAUCAGAGCCAACAGCUCCCCUUUUAUCCGAACGCGACCCCCCAGUACCCGCCGGGGAAGAUACCGCAUGACCAACAGCAGCACCUUGCACAGCAACAGCAACACCAACGGUUCUCUUUCGGCGCUACGCCAAUAACGCAGCCAGUCGGCUCAGGUGGAGCUAUGAUGCCGUCAGGCUUACCCCAAUCGUCCGCUAAUACCAACGUCAACUUCUCUGCUCCUUUCGCUCAGCCCUCCAUCCCCACGACUAUGAAUCAAUUCUCGCAACCGCAAAGUGCUACGCCGUUGAAUGUACCUGCGACUGGAACGCCUUCCUUCCCCUCGAACAUGACUUCGGUCUCGGCGAAUAACGUACUCCCGACUCAACAACGGCCAAAUCAACAGUUGAACGGUGCACAGCUUGCCGCCCAGGCAGCCGUACAGGCUCAGGUGGCAGCUCGAGAGAAGUCUCGUGUCUCAACUUUGCUUGAUAUCAACUCGAUGCUGCUGCAGGAGGUCAUUAACCUUCAGGCAGCUGGCAAGGCUGGUGCUCCUCCUUCACAACCCGGUCAAGAAACGAAUCCGUCGCCUACAACAGAACAGACCACCGAGGCGCCCAAGGGUUCAGGGCAAAAGCCCAGCCAGGAAUAUAUUGAGUGCAUGCGGCGAUUGCAGGCAAAUCUUGCCUACUUAGCAUCCAUUGCAGACCGGGCCAAGAAAUCGGGCGGCGUGCCCCCGACAGCUCCAGCCAUCAUGACUCCCCCUCCGAACGCCCCUCAUCUGAAUGAAAUAUAUGGAAAGCUCGUCGAAUUGUUUCCGCGUGCAAAUAGAGCAGCUGUAGGUACCCCGCAAUCCAAGCCUGGCUUGCAAGUUGCGCAAGGAAACGGUCGGCCCAGCCCAUCGUCGGCUUUGGGGUCCGCGACCUGA